GUACCAGAGCAGUGAAAAAUGAUUGUCCACGCUGCUUUAAUCAAGAUGAAUGCUCUGGUAGCUCUCUGUCAUUUCUGUGAGCUCCAUGGCCCCCGGACCCUGUUCUGCACCGAGGCUCUGCACCCCCCAUCCCCCACACCCUCCCAGGCUGGUGCCCCCAUACCCGGGGACAGGGAGUCGGACAGAGAGGGAGAAGGACUCACCAUGAGGGCAAACAGCUCAGCUACACAGAGAGGAGACAUGUGCGAGGGCUGCCGGUCUCUCCCAGCGUCUCACCCUGGCUUUGUCAGUGUGGACAGUGAGACAGGCAUCCGGUUUCUCAGCCACCAACACCCCAGACAACCCCAGCUCUUCAGUGUGGUCCGCCAGGCCUGCGUACGCAGCCUCAGCUGUGAGGUGUGUCCAGGUCGUGAGGGUCCUAUCUUCUUUGGGGAUGAGCAGCAUGGUUUUGUGUUCUCUCACACAUUCUUCAUCAAGGACAGCCUGGCCCGGGGCUUCCAGCGGUGGUACAGUAURGUCAUGGUAGCCAUGGACAGGAUCUACCUCAUCAACUCCUGGCCCUUCCUGCUGCGCCACCUCAGACUCACUAUACAGAGUCUACAGAGCACAGCACUGAAGGUGUUUGACAGUGAGCAGUGUGUGUGUCCUCAGAGGGCGGUGAGGAUGAACAGUGUGUUCUCUCCUGCUGUCUUCCCCCACCAGAGGAGUGGUAACGCGGCCCGCUCCCUGCCCUCCCUCACCCAGCACACCAACCUCUGGGCCAGCCUACACUCCUCCUUCAGCUGGUUACUGAAGGCCUGUGGUAGUCGUCUGACAGAGAAGCUGCUGGAGGGAGCUCCCACAGAGGACACACUGGUUCUUAUAGAGAGACAGACAGAGCAAGAGGAGGAAAUGAGUUGCUGGGAAGGAGCAGAAGGGGGUGGGUCUAGACCCCAGUGCCACCAAUCGGAGAGCGAGCUGUACAGAGACUUCUUGUUUGACGAGGGGAAAGCAGAGGGGUAUCCUGGUCCAAAGUUCAGGUCCUUGAGACAUUUAAGACAGGUGCUCGGGACCACUGAUUUCCGCCAGCUAGCAUGGCACGUGCUCAUGGGAAAUCAGGUCAUAUUGAGAGGGGCUGACCCAGGGCUCAUCCAUUCAGCAUUCACCAUGUUGAAGACCUUGCUACCGGUGGGCUGUGUCCGCUCUGUGACGUACAGCGCCCAGUAUGAGGAAGCAUACCGAUGUAACUUCCUGGGCCUCAGCCCUGACGUGCCCAUCCCCACACACGUCAGUUCCUCAGAGUUCUCAGUGUUGGUGGAUGUGGUCAGUGUGGAGAGGGGCUCUCUGUACUCUGCUGCUUGUGGUGAAGACAUCCUCUCACUCUACCAGUUCAACAUCAGRAGUACCAACUCACAGCCUACAGAUAAAGGUCCCACGUUGUUGAAUAAGAUCGAGGUGGCGUUGUCCAAUGAGAACCUGUCAGUGGACGUGGUCUCUCACUGUCUGCUGUGUCUGAAGGAGGAGUGGAUGAAUAAAGUGAAGGUGCUGUUUAAGUUCUCCAAGGUAGAUGGGCGUGGGAGGGAGGACACCCAGAAGGUGUUGGCCCUGCUGGGUGCCACGGGGRCUGGGGAGGAGGACAACGUCAYGCUGCUCAAGUUCUGGAUGACGGGACUCAGCAAGACCUACAAGAGCCAUCUGAUGACCGCUGUCAGAGGAGGGGAGAGGCCCCUUAGCCAGUGAGAGAGCAGUGGAGGAGAAGAUGAGAGGUAGCGGGAGAGACCAUUCAGCUGGAGUGAAAUAUACUGUAUCUCAGUAUAGGAGACUGGUGGGAGGAGGUAUAGGAGGGUGGGCUCAUUGUAAUGGCUG